GUGACGAUAAGAAUUUUAAUAAGAUUACUGCCAAGUCGCAAUUAGUGCACUACGAUUUUUUCAUCUGCGCAACUAGUUACGGUGGACGUGACAUCGGUGUUUUAAACACACUGAAAAAUAAAUCACGUGCCGCCCUGUAUUGCCUUUUUUCCUGGUGCGAGCAAAAUGGCACAACAGGAGUCCUCAGCGCCACCGCUCGUGGCGGCCGCCACCGAGGCCGUCAAGGAAAAGAAGAAAAAGAAGCGAAAGCAGGAAGAGGAAGCUGCUCCUGCCGUUGAGGAAAGCUGCGCUGUGACUACGAAGGAGGAGGGGGUAGUCAGUAAGAAGGAGAAGAAGCGAAAAAAAGAUAGAGAUGUACCAGCGCCGGAGAAUAGUACCGCUGCUGCUGUCGCAGAUGCGAUCACCACCUCAGUCGCAGAUGCACAACCACACGCAGAGACAGAAAAGAAGAAAAAGAAGAAGAAAAACAAAGCCGAUGGUGCAGACGCAACUGCAACUACAUCUUCCCAGCCACAAUCCUCCUCUCCCGCGGCGUCGGCGAGUACGGUUGCGGCCGAGGACGAUGUUCUUCCAUCAAUAAAACCAGCAAAAAGUAAGAAAUCCGCGAACAAAAUAAGCGCGGGACCUGCGGCCUCCGACGACACUAUCUCCCCGAUCACAAACCGUCCCCUCUCGAAAAACGCACUGAAGAUUCUGGCGAAGAGGAAGAAGCUUCCCUGCUGGCCCAUGAAGGACCACUUUUUGGACUUGGUCGCGAACAACCAGGUGACCGUCUUGGUCGGCGAGACCGGGUCUGGGAAGACCACGCAAAUGCCCCAGUUCCUCGCGGAAGUCUACGGCAGCAGUGCGAAAAAAAUUGCGGUGACACAACCCCGUCGCGUCGCGGCUAUGUCCGUGGCGACCCGGGUGGCGGAGGAGAUGGACGUGGAACUGGGGGAGGAAUGCGGUUACCUGAUCCGGUUCGAGGACAAGACCAGCGACAAAACCGUCGUGAAAUACAUGACGGACGGGAUGCUGCUGCGCGAAUGCAUGACGGACCCGCUGCUGUCGAACUACUCGGUGAUCUGCCUCGACGAGGCGCACGAGCGCACGCUGUCCACGGACAUUCUGUUCGGGCUCCUGAAGCGGGUCUUGCGGGAACGGAGGGACCUGAAGGUGGUGGUAAUGUCCGCGACGUUGGAGGCGGAAAAGUUUCAGAAGUACUUUUCGGCGAACAUGGCAGAUGAAGAGGAAAAUCAGGCACCAUCGGAAAAUAAAUCCGCUUCCGACGAAAACACCCCCCACGUCCCGCUCCUGACCGUGUCGGGGCGCAUGUUUCCGGUGGAGCUCCACUACACGCAGGGCUUCACGCGGAACUACGUGGAAGCGUCCGUGGACAAGGUGGUCAAGUGCAUCGAGGAGGAGAAGGCCGAGCGGGGGAAGGAAAGUCUAGAAAACGGUGGAGAAAGAACAGACGAACCUUUGGGCGACGUGCUGGUUUUCCUCACCGGGGAGGACGAAAUUGAGAACUGUUGCAGGAUGCUGGAGGAGCAGCUGCCGGAGGACGAGGUGGUCGUCUUACCGCUCUACAGUUCCCUGCCCCCGAACCAGCAGCGAAAAGUUUUCCAGGAUUUCGCGAAGCAGGGCCUGCGGAAGAUCGUGGUGGCGACCAACGUUGCCGAGACCUCGAUCACCAUUGACGGCGUCGUUUAUGUCGUGGACUGCGGACUGGUCAAGAUGAAGGUGUACAAUCCCCGCACCCACGUGGAGUCCUUACUGGUGCAACCCAUCUCGCAGGCCGCGGCGAAGCAGCGCGCCGGGCGCGCGGGACGGACCCGGCCCGGGAAGUGCUAUCGCCUGUACACGGAGACCGCGUUCAAGGAGUCAUUGGAGGAAUCUUCCGUGCCGGAAAUUUUGCGGACGAAUCUGAGCUCGGCGCUGCUGACGCUGUUGAACCUCGGGGUGGAGGACGUGGUGCACUUCGACUGGAUGGACCCGCCGUCCCCGGAGUGUAUGAUGCGGGCGCUGGACCUUUUACUGCAACUAAACGCGGUCAACGACGAGUGCGAACUCACCGCGACGGGGAAGAUUCUGGCCGAGUUUCCGCUGGACCCGCAGUUGGGAAAGUGUCUGAUCGCGAGCGCGAAGCACGGCGUGCUGAAGCAAAUGUCCGCGGUGAUCGCACUGCUGUCCGGCGCACCCUGCCAUCUGCGCCCGCGGAUGUACGCAAAACAGGCGGACCGGGCACACAAGGCGUUCCAGAGCACUUGCGGCGACCACGGAACCUUGCUGAAAAUAUUCGAAGAGUACAGAUUAGGUUUUUUUGAUAAUGUCGGCUGGAACUCUACUUUCUACUUUUUGCGACGAAAGCAAGAACUGUUUAGGGAGUGAGUACAUAGACAUCCAAUACAUAUCAGACAAUUAUCGCCCACCGCCGCUGAUUUACUUAGUUGUUCUGCUCUGCUGUUUACCGUAUUGAAAAUUUUUCCAAAAUCCAAACCCAACAAAAACGCAGGUUCGAGGCAAACCAGAAGACGGACAAAAACUGGUGCUAUGACAACUACCUGAAGGACCGGUCCCUGAUUUCGGCCCAGUCCGUGCAGCGACAGCUGCUCCGGCUUUGCGAAAAAAUGCAAGUUUCGAACAGCCAAGAAAUCACGGAAGGGAACGUAAAAAUCGCCCUCCGUCGGGCGCUGAUCGCCGGCUUUUUCCUGCAGACGGCACAUAUCAGCGGGAAGCACUACGUCACCGUAAAGGACAAGCAGAUCGUGGAAAUCCACCCAGGGUCGCAGCUCGAGCACAAGCCGGAAUGGAUUCUGUACCACGAACUGGUACUGACGGACAAGAACUACCUGCGCAACUGCACGGCACUGCGACCCCAGUGGCUGGUCGAGGAAGCGCCCAUGUUUUUUCCGGGGAAAGUGGCCAACGACGAAGUGCGGAAAGGAUUGGAAAAAUUUGUGAAGAAGUGAAGACUUGGUUGGUGUCGACAUUGACGACGCGAUUGGAUGUUUUUAACGUGGGAAGAUUUCUUCUAUGUGCAAAUUUCGUCGUGCGCGGCUCUACUACAUUGCAAAACUUCGUGGGGGAAAGAACAGCGAUCAUUGCACGCUGCCCAGCAAUAUCAUGCUUCUACGCAAAGCUGUAGGAUGCCGCCAAAGGUGGAUCGCGCGAAGGAACAUGUUCUUCUACAGCCGGAUGUUGAUGAUCGCCGUCGUACAAAGAGCGCUUACAAAUUUGGUAAAAAGAAAGAGUUUC